UAAAUAUAUAUCAUGAGUUAAUGAAAAAUGGAAUUUUGAUCACCAAUUUUAGUUACAAAGUUUGAAACUUUAUCUUUGAUAUAUCUAUUUGACCAUAAAAUUUGAUCAAAACUUUUUAAAAUAUGAUCUUUUUAGGACUUAUCUCAUUUUUUUUUCAAGUAAAAAUUCAAAUUUUCGAGUUUCAACUUCAAAAUCUACGACCAGACAGAGUUUUUAGUAUGUGGGUGAGUUUUGUUUUAUGAAAAGAUUGGAUCUUUAUUAAUACCAUAGCUUAAAAUGGAAAUGUAAAAAAAAAAUCAGUUUUAGGAAAGACCCUGUUUUGGGAUUAUUUUAUAUUUUAUAUUUUCAAUUUAGAUACCAUAGAACUAUGAUGUUUCUUGAUGUUUGAUCUGGUGAUGUUAAUCAACAUUUAAAAAAUAUAUAUAUAUAUGGAUAUGAUCUUACUUUGCAAGAUAUUUUUUUUUAUAUGUUUUUGGAAUUAAGUAUGUUAAAGUUGUGUAAUUUGGAAAGCACAAGGAUUAUAUGCCCUGAAAUAUUCAGAUCGUGUGGGUGUAGCGGAAACAGUCUCUCUAUCCUAAAAAGAUAGGGUAACGUCUACGUACAUCCUACACUCUUCAGAUCCCACUUGUGGGAUUACACACCGGAUCACUUUAGAAGGAGAAGUUACACAAAGCAAACAAGUUGAUGAACUUGUUGAUCCAACUGCAGACUCGUCGAUUGAACCAGAAACAUCAUCUGGUAUAAGCGAUGACAUCAAGAUGCAGGACGCGGAUAAAGAGACGUUAUCAUCAAAAUCUAUCGAGGAGGAGGAUUCGAGUGAGGAGAAGGCACUCAAGAAGCCUGAUAAAUUGAUUCCAUGUCCGCGAUGUAAUAGCAUGGAAACAAAGUUCUGUUAUUACAAUAAUUACAACGUCAAUCAGCCUCGUUACUUCUGCAAGAACUGCCAGAGAUAUUGGACUGCUGGAGGUACAAUGAGAAAUGUGCCUGUGGGAUCUGGUCGUCGUAAGAACAAGAGUUCUUCCAUAUCGAAUUAUCCUCUUCAAGCAGGUCGAGUCGAAGCAGCAGCUCACGGAAUGCAUCUUCCUGCUUCAAGGACAAAUGGAACUGUCCUUACAUUUGGAUCAGAUAAACCCCUUUGUGACUCUAUGGUUUCUGCAUUGAACUUAGCUGAGAAUUCACAUAAUAUGAAUCGAAAUGAAUACCAUGGAUCGGAACGAAGAAUGCCUACAAUCGGGAAUGAUCAAUCAAAUGGAAGUUGUAGUACAGCUUCAAGUGUAACUGACAAAGAAAGCAGUGCUGGUACUCAUGAUUUAGCUAAUUGGAAUAAUUUCCAGCCAUUUCCUCCUCAAGUACCCUACUUUCAGGGUGCUCCGUGGCCUUAUUCUGGCUUUCCAGUAUCAUUCUAUCCAGCAGCACCGUACUGGGGAUGCACCGUGCCAAACCCUUGGAACGUACCUUGGCUUUCAUCCGAUCAAUCAGUCCAUAACAACAGUCCUACCUCACCGACAUUAGGAAAACAUUCUCGAGAUGAAAGCAAGCUUGAUCCAUCACAAUCAAGGAGAAGAGAUACUACUUUGCAGGAUAGAGAAGGGGAGAGAUGUGUACUGAUUCCGAAGACAUUAAGGAUUCAUGAUCCAAAUGAAGCGGCUAAAAGCUCUAUAUGGUCAACACUAGGUAUCAGGAAUGAGAAGAUUGAUUCGACUCGUGGUACAAUGCUCUUCAGUGCCUUUAAUCCAAAAGCUGAUCAUAGAAAUCGCGAACUUGACACUUCUUUUGCCUUGCAAGCUAAUCCAGCAGCCUUGUCUAGAUCACUUCAUUUUCGUGAGAGUACACGAUGAUAUAAGACUUACAACAUGGUUCAUGGUUGCCUAGUACCAAUCAUUCAUGUUAAGUCUCUUGCAUAAAAUGCAGGAUAAAGCUGCGUACAGUUGACCUUUGUGGACUGGCCCUUCCUCGGACCCUGCGCAUAGCGGGUUCUUGUGUCUAGGAGGAGAAGGAGACAGAUGCAUAGUGUCUACAAGUUUUAUAGUUUUGCAGUACUAUGUGUACCUUGUACAUAGACCUGUAGAGUUAUAUUUAAUAGAUAGAGAUAAAUAAGAUGCAGCUGAAGUUUUUACUUGACUUCUGAUAUUGAUUGUUUUAUAUUCUAAAUAUUUGAGUUAUUUUUAUGACUA